AGGACGGAGGUUUUUCACCGUUUCCGGCUUCUGCAGGUCCUUGCCUGGCCCCGAGGCCGUCCAAAAACGACUCAGGAUGAAAAGCCGGUCCCUGGGAAAGGGCCUCGGGGUUUCCGGGGGCGCCGUACUCACGAAAAUCAGGACGUCACAUGUUUGGGCUCUCGUCCCAGAUCCGUUUUUGAUAGUCCCGUGGCCCGAUAGCGGGCCCCGGAAGCCGAGAUCUGGGAAGGACGCCCGGGUUGAACAGGUCAUAUCGCCGGAGAUUUGGGCGUGCCUCCCUGGCCAAGCCGGGAAGGCGCAUGCACCGCCCCUUGCCUCAUAACGGGCCUGGCCGGGGGCAGUGGACAUGUGUAGAUCCCGUCGCCCUGCAGCUCCCGCCGCGACGGCGGCGACGGUGCAGGCCGCGCGCCCUCGUUCACGCAGGGCCAGAGGUCCAGCCGAAGACGUACCGUGGUCUGCCUGGCGGGUUCGGCGGUUUUCGGCGGCAUCCACGCCGCGGCGGCGCGCUCGACCGAGGAUGCUUGGAAUUUCUUCGCAUGCUACCUGCUGGAGCUAAGCCUCAGCGCGGACAACGCCUUUGGAUUUUAUUUGGUCUUCGAGUACUUCAAGACACCGAAGGCGAGCAUCCACAGAUGCCUGUUCUGGGGUUGGUUUACUGCCAUGGCCUUGCGCUGCCUGUUGUUGUUCGUGUUUGGCCAGAGCCUGUGCAGAUACAAGUGGCUGGUGCUGGCUCUCGUGCCGAUCAUGAUGUAUCAGGGGUACCGCACCAUGCGGGAGCCGUCGGAUGCAGAGCUGGGCACGGGCAACGUCGGAAUUGUUCAUUUGGCACAGCGAUGCAUGCCAGUGGCUGACUCCUACCAUGGGGAUCGCUUCUUGGUGGAGCAGGACACCACGGGGCGGUGUCUCACUUUGACGCCCCUGGCGUUGACGCUGGUAGCCGUGGAAGUGGUGGACGUGAUUUUUGCGGUGGAUUCUAUGCCCGCCCAAUUCGACAUAACGAGCGACAAGUUCGUUAUCAUUUCGGCUGUGAGCUUCGCUCUGAUGUGCUUGCGGUCCCUGUUUGUGGUGCUCGUGCAGCUCGUGGACGAGAUGCCCAGUUUGCGGUUCUACAUGGGCACGGUUCUUCUGCUGGUGGGCUUUCGGCUCACCCUCGAAGUACUCGACAUGAGCAUUCCCCCCCUGGUCUCGUUGUGCGCCUUGGUGGGCACCAUCCAGAAGACCGCCUCGUCGAUGACCGGCGGCCCCUCGUCGGACGAGGACUGGGGGGGCCAGCGCGGCUGCCCGGCUCAGGAGGACAGCGGCAGCGACGGCGACGAGGUUGCGCCGUGAGGGCUCCCGUUGCCGGCCUCUCCUCGGCCUGCGCAGGGGCGCGCCGUCGAGGGCAGCGCCGCGCGGCACGGCGACGGGCUCGCUGUGAGGGCUCUGGAUGCUCAAGUCGCCGAGGCUCGAGCCCGAGAGGUCCCGGGACACGUUCGGCGGCGAGCGAGCGAGGAGGGGAACUUCGAGGUUCGAACUUCGAGAAAGCCUUCCUGGAGGCUCGCCGUCGACGAGAAGACAACGCCUUGCGAUCCACUGCGCGGCCGCGGGGCAUCUCCUGUGUGGCUGUGCCGGGCGGUCUGCGUUGCCUCGCGCCGUGAGCCUGGAGGAGGCCGCUGCGAUGAUGGGCGGCGUGCGGCCCUCUGCCUCCUCUGCUGCCCUGUGCUGCUUCCCUGCAAGCGCCAUGGCGCCAACAUCGCAGAGCGGAUUUCGCUCGGACAGCAAUGGUGUGGGCCCGGAUUGUCCCGGAGAGUGUCGUCCCG